GACGCCUUUGAGAGGGUUUGGUGAUCUUUAGCAGUUUAUCUGGCAAUGCCGUGGCAUCCUUGGCUAUACAUAUAUCCUUCUUUUGUUCGUACUCCUCGGCGGUGGUCAGGUUAGUCGUAUGAUCCCUCUCUUUCAAUCGACUACUCCACUUAUUUCAGAUUCCUAGAGCGCUUUCCCUUACUCGUUCAACAUCUCCCACCCUUUAAAUCGCCCUCUCACAUCCCCAAGCGUGGACCGACGACCGAUGGACUCGUCAUGGCCCUCAACAGCACCCAAAUUAUCAUCCUCUGUGAGCCUCUCUUCUCCCUGCAGUCCCGCAACUCAUCCCACCUCCUGCUAACACUCCCUCCUCCCCAGGCUUAGCAACGGUCUUCGGCCUUUUCCUCAUCACAGCCAUCCUCUUCGCCAUAUACGCCUCCCGCCGCGCCCACAAGGAAACCCGAGAAGCUGGCGUAGCCGUCCUAGGCCGGUGGAAGGAGAAUGGAGGUAUGGAAGUACCUCCUGUGCCCAAAGUUCCCGGGCGGGCGAAGGGAAGUUGGAACGGGAGUGAUAGGGCUAGUGAUGCUGAGAAAGGGCAAGCCGGAGGGGUGAAGGAUGAGAAGGCUCAGAUGAGUGUUGGGAGGAGGUUGAGUGGAUUGGCUGGGAUUGGCGCCAGAGGGGUUGGGGUGGGGCGAGGGUCGUAUGAGCCUGUACGGCCGCCGCCUGCUGCGGGUAGGGACAGUGGGUAUAGUAAAUCAGCUCAAGGUCCGAAACCUCCGAGCAAAGAUAGCGUUCCAGCAGCGUCGAAAACGAGAACACCGCACUCGCCUGCGCGUUCUGCUGUUUCAGCCGGAAGCUCGACCAGCAGCGGAAAAGCUGUUGUUGGCGAGCAUAGGAGCGCUUUGACUCGAGAGAAUCUCGCAAAGAUUUCUGGAGGGCAGGAAAGGGUCAGAAGGUCAAAGUCGAGAAGAGGGCCGCCGGCAAAAAGGCCUGAAGAGCGAAGGGGCGAAGGACGAGAGAGAGGCAGGGAGAGGGAAAGGGGCCGGGAGAGAAGGUUUCAAAGGGACAGAGUUGAGCGUUGAUCGUUCUAGUAGUAGUAGAAGUAGUAGUACAUCUAGUACU